AGACGCGACUUAACGCGAAAGCUAAAUCACUCAACUACAACGUAGGGGAAUACGAAGACAAAAGUCUUAGUUUUAUACAUCUUACUCUUUUUCUAACAGUAUUAUCUAUGAAAACCUAGCUCCGUCAAAUAUGCCUCAAUCCAAUGCCACCACCCGUUUCUUCGAUUUUAACGCCCAUCGGGCUGCUCAAGAAGCGAAUACCAAAAUCCAGUUGGUAAUAAAACUUAAAGAGCACCACUUGCUAUCGGAUGACCAGAUGGAUCAGUUUAAACACCAUGCAGUCAAUUACUACAGGAAACAUCGAUUCAGAGAGUCCCAGGACGAAGGGCGGCAGCUUCAGUUAGAAAAGGAAUAUAACGGGGUCACUCUACACUACUUCAUCCAGGCUACUAUAGAGUGGAUGAAGAAUUGUCUCCCCAUCGGCCGCUGCAUUCAAAUCUACGAGGAUGUCAUCUCGGUCAUACCAUGCGAUCGCGAUGAACCAGCACGGACCGAACCGACCAAACGAGAGAAGCCCGAAACGCCAUUCUCCGUAUCCAGAGCAGAACCCCGAUUUACCAAAUCCAAUGCGGAAUUGAUUGAUGCUCUUGCAUCUGCGACUAACAUGAAACCUGGAACGGCAAUAAAUAUUCGUGGAAGUAUUGUCGUCGCUGACUCAAUUUCAGGCGGCAAUAACUUUACGUCAGGAAUACUUACGUCUUGGACCGGACUUGUCAGUGGCGGCCGACUUGGUCGCGACCAUAUGCUCAACGAUGUGCCCAACCACUACGUUAGAGAUCGCUUGAUGGAUUAUAUCGAUACUCAACUUCAAGAAGACAAGCUAGAGCGUGCCCUACUAGCUGUGUUUACUGACCUUAACUCCGAUGAAAUCAAGCAAUAUUCGGUUCUCGUUAAACAGUGGAUUGAGAAGUGCGAACCGAAGACAUGUGAAGAGCUAAUAGCAUUAGUUGCCGGUAAUAAAGUCAUCAAAACCGACACCGAAAGAGGACGGGUGCUAGAUCUAGGGCAGGCUCUAGAGGACGUCUAUCAGGACGUUGAUCUAACGCCCAAACCGGGGUUUGCCGAACGCACAUACAGCGAUCCGGGACCGAUCAUUUACUCGGUAGUCGACCCGGGCCAAAAGAAGCCCACUCCACAAGAAUGGUAUCUAGAUCCCGGAACGGAUAUUGAUAGGGACUGCGAUCAGAUCCGAGCUAUGAUUGCCAUCUUUGCGUUCAGUAAGGAGUGGACAGUUGACCAAUUCCGCCGAGCGCUAGGGAAUCGCAUCGAACGCAAAGACUUAACUCACUUUCUGUCUGAUUACGGGCCUAAGGAGGGUAAUAAUACUAUUUAUCAGCUUGCAUGGGAGUUCUUCAAGAGGCGCGAGCUUCUUGGUUUCUCGUUGGUAGUAGAUAUCUCAGCGGAUACCUCAGACAACAGGGACAUCCUCCAAGAACGCGAUACUAAUACUAGGAAGCGCCCAAGUACUGAAGCGAACGGCGGAAAUACCAAGGAGAAGCGCACGAGAAGAUCAUGAUUGGGCGACCUUCCGCAACACUGGGAAGGGUGGUUCAUACGCUGCCUCUUCGAGCAUAGGAUGUUCCCGCACUUGAUGGAAUAUGUACAAGUAGUAGUUGCAACU